GUCAGUAUUUAUAAGGGCAGCUAGUGAGGAUAGCACCAGUGUGCAAAGCAACGUUAGCAGUAACAGUAGCACUAUCGGAACUACUACUAACAUCACUACUAUGGCAAAUCAAUUCAUCAUGGCAUUCAGUUUGGCUCUGAUCAGUGUUGUCCUCACCGUACCCCUGACAGCAGCCUUGCCACCUCCUCCUCGGCCUGCCGCCUCUGACGCUGCCUCCAUGCAACCCAUCAUCGCUAACGGCACCAUGGUAGCCGUGCCCGCCAUGAGCGAAACUUUCCUCUUCUGCUGGGUGGACGGCGCGCUCGCUCACCAGAUCGAGUGGUGGGACUCUCGGAACAACCCCGUGCCACACUGGAGCCCCCAAGCCUCCCGUUACCAGCUGGGCUCAGGCGCACACCUGCCUCACGCCUACCUUGUCUUUGUGGACUUCCACCAACCAGACGUGUACACCUGUGUGGCUCGAGGCGCUGCAGGGAUGGAUGAAGGGAGCGCCAGUGUGACUGUGACUCUUGCCAUGCCCUGACAGACCUGCCUUCCACACCACGCUCUGAUACCUUCUCACUACGCCCACCGGAACACAUCAUUGCCAUAGUUGACAUAUCCUACUCAUGUUUCAUCGAUUAUUUAUUCCUUAUUUAUACUGUUAUUUAUUAGUCACUUGUUCUGACUAUCUUUGGUAAUAAAAA